CAAACAUUAUAAUUUUAUCAUCUCUGUGCUCCCUCUGCUCUCUCUCGUCUCUCUGUUUCACGCGAGAACCUUCGUCUCUAUAUUACUGUUGACCCUUUUGAUCCCUCUCCCUCUCUCGUUCCUCGCGUGGACCUUCUUUCCAAAAUAUCAAAUCCCUAAAUUUCGCUUGCUUUUGGAUUUUAAAUUCUAGAUCUGCUACCCCUUACAUCUCCGAUUUUGUGAUUUUUACAAACCCUAGAUUUCUCCGGAAGAGUUUUUUUUUCCUCUGUAACUAAAUUGCGAUUUUUUUUCCUCUCUCUCUAAAAUUCCGACAUUACCAUAGGUUGUGUAUUACCGUAGCAAAACCCUAGUUCCGGUUUGGUAUUCUUGGUGUACAGAUCCCUCCUUAGUCAGAGUUUUUGGUUAUUAGCGUUUGUUUAGAGGUUGUGAUGAACAAUCGAGGAAGGUAUCCUCCUGGAAGUGGCGCUGGCCGUGGUGCCAUUAACCCUAACCCUAAUUACCAAUCACGGCAGGGUUAUUAUCAACAGCAACCACAGCCACAAUACGUUCAGCGCGGUGGUUACGCUCAGAAUCACCACCAACAAGCGCCGUCUCAGCCACACCAAUACCAACAGCAACAGCAACAACAACAAUGGCUUCGAAGAGCUCAGAUCCCCUCCGGCGGUAACAGUAACGGUGAUGCAGUUGUAGAAGUUGAGAAAACUGUUCAGUCCGAAGUUAUCGACCCAAAUUCGGAAGAUUGGAAGGCUAAGCUAAAACUACCCGCACCUGAUACUCGCUACAGAACAGAGGAUGUGACAGCCACCAAAGGGAACGAGUUUGAAGAUUAUUUUUUGAAACGGGAGCUUCUCAUGGGAAUUUAUGAGAAGGGUUUUGAAAGACCUUCUCCUAUUCAGGAAGAGAGUAUUCCAAUUGCCUUAACUGGUAGAGAUAUCCUUGCCAGAGCAAAGAACGGGACUGGGAAGACUGCCGCCUUUUGUAUUCCUGUCUUGGAAAAAAUUGACCAAGAUAACAACGUUAUUCAAGCUGUUAUAAUUGUUCCAACUCGAGAAUUAGCCCUUCAGACAUCACAGGUGUGUAAGGAGCUGGGUAAGCAUUUGAAGAUUCAAGUCAUGGUGACCACAGGGGGAACCAGUCUGAAAGACGAUAUUAUGCGUUUGUAUCAGCCUGUCCAUUUACUGGUAGGAACUCCUGGCAGAAUUCUUGAUCUUACCAAGAAAGGUGUUUGUGUUUUGAAAGAUUGUUCGGUGCUCGUUAUGGAUGAGGCGGAUAAGCUUUUGUCUCAAGAGUUCCAACCUUCAGUGGAACAUUUGAUUAGCUUUCUUCCGGAAAAUCGACAGAUAUUGAUGUUUUCAGCCACGUUUCCUGUCACUGUCAAGGCUUUUAAGGAUAGAUUUCUGACGAAUCCUUACGUCAUCAAUCUCAUGGAUGAACUUACGCUCAAGGGUGUUACCCAAUUCUAUGCAUUCGUAGAAGAACGACAGAAGAUUCAUUGCUUGAAUACACUAUUUUCCAAGCUGCAAAUUAACCAAUCAAUCAUAUUCUGUAAUUCUGUAAACCGUGUGGAGCUCUUAGCUAAAAAAAUCACAGAACUUGGGUAUUCGUGCUUUUACAUCCAUGCAAAGAUGCUUCAAGACCACCGGAACAGAGUGUUCCAUGACUUUCGCAAUGGUGCAUGCCGGAAUCUUGUGUGUACUGACUUAUUCACACGUGGGAUUGACAUCCAAGCAGUCAAUGUGGUGAUAAACUUUGAUUUCCCCAAAAAUGCAGAAACUUAUCUCCAUAGGGUUGGUCGAUCAGGAAGGUUUGGCCAUCUUGGUUUAGCUGUGAAUCUUAUCACCUAUGAGGACCGAUUUAACCUUUACCGAAUUGAACAAGAGCUUGGAACAGAGAUUAAGCAAAUUCCUCCACAUAUCGAUCAGGCAAUUUAUUGCCAAUAACUAAGGGUUAUCCUGGUCGGCUGUUAGGUGAAUCAGUAAUAAGUGGUUGGUUGAAGCAAUGGUUAGACAGUUGUCUUAUCUAGCCGUGCAGGACAACGACAACCCAAAAAGGCUUCACAUUCUGCCUCUACCUC